AUGGUCAUGGAUGAAGAUAUUAUACCUACAGAGAGUGAUGAAUCGGAUGAGCACGAUCCAAUUGAUUGUGAGUCAGUCGAUGUACGUACAGCUGUUCUUUUAAAAACUGCAGUAGCACCCGUAUGGUCAGACAACUCAUGUAGAAACACUCAUAUACUUAUUGACGAGGGAGCACAGAGAUCAUUUGUGUCUGAAGAUUUAGCAAGAAAACUUAAUUUACAGUCAGAGGGAACUGACAUUCUACGGUUAUCAUCAUUUGGAGAUAGAAACAAAAACGUUAGACAUUUAGAUAAAUCGAAAGUGUUCGUAGAAACAGAUGCAGGACAGAAAAUACUGAUAUACGUUCUAAUUGUACCAACGAUUGCCAUACCUUUGCAGAACAACAUUCGCCACAUCAACAGAGGACUGAACUAUUUACGGGGACUUAAGUUAGCACAUCCGGUAACACAGGACGAGUCUUUCGAAAUAUCGUUAUUGAUCAGAGAUGACUACUACUGGGACUUAGUCAAGGAUGAAGUCAUACGGGGAAAUGGUCCAACCGCCGUGAGCUCAAAGUUAGGUUUCUUACUUUCCGGUCCAGUAAGCGACAAGAGGGAUAAAUCGUUAAUGGGUACUAGCAUUUUUAAUAAUCUUGUUUCUCACAAAACGGAGGAACAUAAAAUAGAAACAUUUUGGAGAUUGGAAUCUAUUGGUAUUAACUCAAAGGAAACAGACGAAGACGAUACAGAUUUUUUGGAAACAUAUCAAGACACUUCGAUUGAACUCAGAGGUAAUAAAUACUUUGCAAAGUUAUCAUGGAAACAGGAACAUGACGAACUACCAUCAAACUAUACAGUCACAAGAAGAAGAACAGACAACGUUAUUAAGAAACUAAGACAAGAUCCUAAACUACUAAAGAAGUAUGGAGAUAUAAUCGCCGAACAGGAACGCAGAGGAUUUGUUGAGACAGUAGAUGAAAAAGAACAAAAAGGCGGGAAAAUUCAUUAUAUUCCACACCACCCUAUACACAAGGAAUCUAGCACAACUCCUAUACGAAUAGUAUUCGACUGCAGUUGUCGUCAAUCACCAAGUCACCCAAGUCUAAAUGAUUGUCUUAUGGACACACCACCAAAAUUAAAUGAUUUGACAAAACUCCUAGUACAGUUUAGAGCCAACCAGUUUGCUACAUGUACUGAUAUUUAG